UCAUUUUGUUUCAGGAGAAAAAGGGGAAAAAAAAAAGAAAAGAAAAAGAAAAUUAAAAGAGAGACUUUGUUUGCUUUUGGGUCAUUUCACCUCAGAGAAAGAGGGAGCAAAGUCUUCUCUUUCACACAUUGAAUCUCAAGCCCAAUGGGAUGGCUUUAGGGUUUUCACUGCUCAAAUGCAGUAAGGUGUGCUUUGUUUAUUCUUGAUCUCUCUCCAUUUUUGUUUUCUUUGUUUUGCCCAGAAUUGGCCACCCAAAUGACUAAUUUCCAUCUGGGUGUUCUUUGAUUUCAUUCUUGAUCCUUAUAGCUCACUCAGGUUGUGUUGGAAACAUUUUUAUUUCCUUUUAUGUCAUUAGGAAAUCUUGAAAUUUUAAGCAACACCCAUCUUGGUUUUUGGAUUCUAAGAAAAGGGUUUUAGAUUUCUGUUUAACAGAGACAGUGAGUGAGAUCUUUAGGAUGCUCUGAGCUCAAUCAGGUUGUGGUGGAAAACUUUUUGAAUUAAACUUAAGCUAUAUCCAUUUCGGUAUUUACUUCUUGUGGAAAUGGGUUCUGAAUAUUUUUCUUUUCUAGAAAUGAAUUUGUGGUUGUGGUAAUGUUUUCUCAUCUGGGUUUCUAGGGUUUUAGUUUUAGUACUAGGAUCUGGUUUCGUGGGGCUUGGAUGAUGAACAUGGAGGGGGUUGAAGAAGCUAACAAAUCAGCUGUUGAGAGCUGUCAUAGAGUUCUUAGUUUCUUAUGCCAACCUCAAGAUCAGGUUCAGUAUAGAAACUUAAUGAUGGAGACAGAAGAGGCUGUGUUCAAGUUCAAGAGGGUUGUGUCUCUUCUCAACAAUGGCUUUGGCCAUGAAAGAGUGAGAAAGUUUAGGAGAUUAAGAUCAUCUUUGCCCCAGAGCAUCUUCCUAGAAACCCCUAAUUACAAACCGAAUCCUUCACCAAAGCCACUCCAAUUACUCCCAACUAAUUUCCUUGAAAACCCACUUCCAGAAAUAGAUUCAAAAGCCAAAAGUUCUCUGCAAAUCACCCCAAAAAUAUUUCUUGAGAGUCAGGCAUCAGAUAUUGUUUCAUCAGUCAAGCCUCCUUUGCAAAUUGUUCAGCAAAAACCAUCACAGCACUAUCAGUUCCUUCAACAACAGCAUCAUCAUCAUCAUCAUCAUCAGCAGCAGCAGCAGAUACAGAGGAUACAGUUUCAGAAGCAACAGAUGAAGUAUCAAGCUGACAUGAUGUACUCUAGGAGUAACAGUGGAAUAAACCUUAAGUUUGAUGGCUCUAGUUGCACACCCACGAUGUCAUCCACUAGAUCAUUUAUAUCUUCUCUUAGCAUGGAUGGUAGUGUUGCUAACUUGGACGGAAAUUCCUUCCAUUUGAUCGGUGUUCCUCAGCUUUCUGAUCCAAAUUCUCACCAACCCAGAAGGAGAUGCAGCGGUAGGGGAGAAGAUGGGAGCGUCAAAUGUGGUAGCAGUGGUAAAUGCCAUUGUUCAAAGAGGAGGAAACUGAGGGUGAAGAGAUCUAUUAAAGUGCCUGCCAUCAGUAACAAGGUUGCAGAUAUUCCUCCUGAUGAGUUUUCAUGGAGGAAGUAUGGGCAGAAGCCAAUUAAGGGUUCACCACAUCCUAGGGGGUACUAUAAAUGUAGCAGCAUGAGAGGUUGCCCAGCAAGGAAGCAUGUUGAGAGAUGUUUGGAAGACCCUUCAAUGCUAAUUGUCACUUACGAAGGUGAGCAUAACCAUUCCAGGUUGCUGUCUUCACAAUCUGCCCACACAUAACGAACUUCAUCAGAAAUGAUAUUGAGAAUCCAACUUAGAACUGUUCGGUUACAACCAAAAGCUGGUUGAUGUUAGUUGUGAAUUGCUCCUGUACAUAAUAUAUGGUUCAAACCUGAGACUAUUGAUGGUGGAGUAGAUUUUAAAGUGAAUAGGAUCUCUUAAGUCUCUUAGCUUUUUGGUUCAGACAUGCAAUCAACAGAGAAGCUCUUAUAUGAAAAAGGGGUUGAAAUUGUAAACUUGCUCCUCCCUGGAAACCUAAAUUAUUAUGUUUCUUUAUCUCAAAUUUUGAGUCCCUAGUUGAAUUCAUCAUUUGCA